UUAGAAAACAAACAAAAAAAAAAAAACAAAAAAAAAAACAUAAGAAAAAAAUUAAAAUAAAAUAAAAUAAUGGGUUCAUAUUUUGGAAUUUCUACAAUUUUCGUGAUAUGUUUGCUGGGAUUUUCAGCCAAUGCUCAUGAGGUGCUUAGACUUACGUCUUCUCCAGGUUCUGAUAUUACGCAGGCGCUUCUGAGAGCAUUCACAACGGCAUGCCAAUCUCCGACACCGAGGAAGGUGGUGAUCCCAAAAGGACAGUUCAAGCUUGGUGAGAUCAUGAUGUCGGGUCCAUGCAAAUCUCCAGUCGAGAUCACCUUGCUAGGCACUGUCCUCGCUGACGGAAACUCGAUCCAUGGAAAAGAAAAAUGGGUCGUGUUCCAAAGAAUGGAUGGGUUCAGGUUGAACGGAGGUGGAACUUUCGACGGUGAAGGUAACGCAGCUUGGAGGGUCAAUAACUGUCACAAGACUUUCGAGUGCAAGAAACUUCCCAUCAGUAUAAGGUUUGAUUUCGUGACGAACGCUGAGAUCAGAGACAUAUCCUCAAUCGAUGCCAAGAACUUUCACAUCAACGUGAUUGGCGCCAAGAACAUGACCUUUGACAACGUCAAGAUCAUGGCUCCAGCAGAGAGCCCCAACACUGACGGGAUCCACUUGGGAAGAAGUGUCGGGGUCUCCAUUAUCAACUCUAGGAUCUCCACCGGAGAUGACUGUGUCUCUGUCGGGGACGGGAUGGUGAAUCUUCUAGUUAAGAACGUCGUGUGUGGUCCUGGACACGGGAUCAGUGUUGGAAGCCUUGGAAGGUACGGACAUGAACAGGACGUCAGCGGCAUUAGGGUCAUCAAUUGCACCCUCCAGGAGACUGACAAUGGCCUCAGGAUCAAGACUUGGCCCUCUGCAGCUUGCUCCACCACUGCCUCCAAUAUUCAUUUUGAGAAUAUCAUCCUUAGAAACGUUAGUAACCCAAUCCUCAUCGACCAAGAGUACUGUCCUUGGAACCAGUGCAACAAGCAGAAAUCAUCAUCCAUUAAGCUGGCAAACAUAAGCUUCAGGAGGAUUAGAGGGACAUCAGGGAACAAAGACGCAGUGAAGCUAUUGUGCAGCAAGGGAUAUCCGUGUGAGAACGUUCAGGUUGGAGACAUUAAUAUUCAGUACACUGGAGCCGAUGGUCCAGCCACCUUCAUGUGCUCAAACGUAAGGCCUAAGCUAGUUGGAACUCAGUUCCCAAAGGCUUGUAACACACCACCCGUGCUGACCCAACCUAAGUAAAAUGUAGAAAGUUCUCAUAACAUUUAGGAAUUUCUCAUCCAUUUUUUCUUCAAUCUUAGUUUUUCCCAAUGUCACACAAGGGAGAUUUCUUUUAUUUAAAAACUGUAAAAGAAUUUUGUUUCACUUUUUAUUUGUUUGAUGCCAACACAAAUACAUAGAUGUGUGUGCGCAUAUAUGAAUGCAAUAAAACUAAAAAGAUGCAGGUUAUUUUAUUUUAUUUGUAUUUUAAUAUCGUUUGUUAUCAAAAUCCUUUUUUUUUC